AUGGAGGAGUUUGAGCACCGGUCCACCACGGGACCUUAUGUAAUGGAGGAGUUUGAGCACCGGUCCACCACAGGACCUUAUGUAAUGGAGGAGUUUGAUCACCGGUCCACCACGGGACCUUAUGUAAUGGAGGAGUUUGAGCACCGGUCCACCACAGGGACCUUAUGUAGAAUUACUUUCGAGAAGUCAACCAACUUGGAUUUCCCGGGAACAACGUACUUUUCAAUUCUUAAUAUUUCCCUGUACGAAUGUCAGAGCUGGUGCCGGGAAAAAGUGGACUGUGUGGCAGUUAGCUUUAGCUUCGUAGUGGAUCCUCUGGGGCCUUUACAGGACACUUUGUGUACCCUACAAAACACUACCACAUCUGGCAGCUCAGUCUCUUCUCCACAACGCAGUGUCAACGCAUACUACUUCACGAAGAUCCAGAUUAACUCAGAAAAAUUAUGCAACCGGCUGUGGGCAUUUGAACGAGUUCCCAAUGCCUUCAUUCGUGGUUUGGACAGCGCCAUCUUCUACACGUCGAAUAAAAACGCCUGUUUGGCUGCAUGUUUGAAUGAAGAACGGUUUGUUUGUCGUUCGGUAGAAUUUAAUUACAUGAAUUCGGAAUGCCAUCUCAGUGAAUAUGAUCGACGUUCACCAACUCCAUUAGUGAAUCUGUUGGAGAGACCGGGAGUUGAUUAUUUUGAAAACAACUGUUUACGUGCGGAAGAGAUAUGCAACACUGAAGGAAGAAGUUACGACUUCGUAAAUGCUGAAUUUCCCCAGUCUUCACUGGCUCAUUUUGUUGGUCUGUAUUACUACAAGGACAAAGAACUUCUGGUAAACGAAGAAGAGGAAUGUUUACAGAUGUGUACUUUGGAGAAAGAGUUCAUCUGUCGGUCAAUACUGUACUCACCGAACACUCAUCACGAGCAUUCCAGCUGUGCAUUAUACCAUAUAGAUCACGUGAUGUUUCCAGAAGGAAGAGAAACCUAUUCCUUUCGCAGCCCUGUACCCUUGAUGGACAUCGGUGUUCGUUCUGGGGUCUAUCUAGAAGCUGUCUGUAACAUAUCAAUUCAGUGCACUGAUACCAAGAUGGUUGUCUUUGCCCGAACGAACAAGCCUUUUCAUGGACGAAUCUACGCUUUAGGAAGAAGUGAGACCUGUCGAUCGGAUGUCCACAACAGCCAACAGUUUCAGCUGGACGUGUCUUUGAAGGGUCAAGACUGUAACACUGAAUCAGCAAACGGAGUAUUUACUAACACGAUUGUACUCCAACAUCACACUGUUGUGAUGACCAAGACGGACAAAGUCUACAAGGUUCGUUGCUCCUAUGAAACAAAGUCCAAAAAUGUGUCAUUUGGAAUGAUGCCUGUCCAAGACCCAGAUAUGACCCAUGUUACAGCUUCACCCAUAGCUCCGUUACCUUCAAUUCAAAUCCUUCAACAAAGCGGCAAAGAAGCAACAACUGUACGGAUUGGUGAUAAACUGACAUUCAGGAUUGAAGUCCCUGACAACACUCCUUAUGGAAUCUUUGCCAGAAGUUGUAUGGCGAUGGCUAAAGAUGGAAAAAGCGUAUUCAAGAUGGUUGAUGAUGAUGGAUGUCCAGUCGAUAGUUCCAUUUUUCCAGGAUUUAUCCAAGUCGGUCGGGGAUUGGAGAGUUCUUACGAAGCUUUUCGCUUUACCGAAUCUUACGGGGUUAUUUUUCAGUGCAACGUGAAGUACUGUAUCGGCAAAUGUAAUUCGAUUUCUUGUGGUGAAGGAAGAGAAAUAUACCAAUCAUCGGGACGCCGAAAGAGGAAUCUGGGAUCAGGGAAGAGCUCAGAAGAAAUGACUCUGAGCCAUGAAAUUUUUGUGCUGGAUUACGGAGACAAAAUAACAGCGUUUCCAGGUGAUUCUUCGUAUGUAAAAAAUACCUCUAACAACGUUCGAGAGUCAAUACCUGUACGGGAUUGUAACUCAAAAACACCUGUCAUGGUUCUCAGUGUCAUCAGCGCCACCUUACUAGUCACCUACUUGUGUACUGUUGCUUACUUUAUUGCCCAGAAGCGUGCUCAGAAAGACUUACCAUAAACCACAACUUUGUCAUGUUUUGUUAAAUUGUCCAAUUCAGUUGACUAAUAUUACCCAUGUUAGGGUAUUGAAGAAAGAAAAAAGCAUGUAUAGAGCUGUUUUUCAGGGAAAGGGAUUUAACGCCAUCUAUAAAAAAUCUGUUUUCAGUUAGUAUGACCAUCUGAGUGUUUGAUGAAUG